CCCAUGAGAGAUAACAAUGGGUCGCUGUCGGUUGGAUGUGGCCUACGGUGGACAUAAUGAAGUCCCUCGCGCGAAGGGUAUAAAAUACCCCUUCGCAUUGACUGGUUCUACGACAUUACGUGCCAGUUGCAAGAUGAAAGUGCUAACGUUGAUGCUACUGUGUGUGAUACUGGGUGCCACGAUGGCAGCCCGGUGUAUACGGGACAACAGCAACGGUGAACCCGGCUGCAAAACGAAGGAAGAGAUCGAGCAAGGUGUCUGGCGCCACAACUACGAUCCGACGCGCUACUGGGAGUGUACGAAGCUGAACGAGCGCGCUGUACUGCGGUCCUGCCAGGACCAAGCGUUCCAUCCGACGCAACUUGACUGUGUCGACUGGGACGACUGGGAGUGGGAACCGGUGUGUGCUCCCCUUACCCGUCCGGACCCAUAAAAACCCGAGACUCCUCAGUUGUGACCAAGCGUAUCCACCACCGUUCUUAAGGGGUUUGGCGGGCCUGCCUGUAGGCUCAACUCUUCUCCAGUAACCGAAAGUGUUCGGGUUUGGCAAUAAAGCAAAUUCAAACAACAGCAAA